UUCCGAACGAUCACUUCCGGACAGAAAAAUGGCACAGAUGAGCUCUGUCAAAAAUCGGUUAUGUCGUGUUGUAAACAAUUUUGAAAAGUAUUAUGAUUGAAUUGGAAUAUUGGCUGCUUCAGGAGGCUUUUAGUGAAGUCAGGGCGUUUACCUAAACUAUAGCAAAGUCAAACUUGGUUAUACGGAGCUAAGGAGCUUGUUGCCAUCAAAAGACUGCAGGUCAGUCCCCCUGAAUCAGCCUAACUGCUGGUAACCCAUGAUAGUAAAUAGUUUUUUACUUGGACCCUUUGUUGAAAUCCUGCUUAGGCAGAAUAUUUCGGUGGAAAAUUUGCGAUGGAGGAAGUCGAUAAGAUCCUUAUUCAUGCUCUCAGACAAGUCGGAACUGAGGUAGGUGAGAACAUUGAGCGAGUCGGCCAAUUCACCAGUGAGCUGAUCGUGGAGGCGGUGGUCAGAUGUAUCCGGGUGAUCGAUCCGGGUCCCGGCGGCGUGCUUCCCACCACCCUGCCGCCGGGCAUGUCUGCCCGCUUCAGAGUAGGCAUGAGUCUUGCCCAGGCCUGCCAGGACAUUGGCUAUAAGGGAGAGAUUGGCUAUCAGACCUUUCUAUACAGUAAUGAACCAGAGAUUCGUUCACUGCUCAUGUUCCUGGUGGAGAAGCUGCCUAGAGAGAGCUCUGAGGCCUCAGACCAGCCAACAGGUAAAUCUGCUGUUCUCCAUAGAGCCAUCGCUACUGUGAUCAAAGCUCAGCUGGCUGUUUCCUGGGUGCCUUUGAAUUGCAGAUUGCCAUUACACGGUGAAACACAGAGUAGAGCAGCAUCACAAAAGUUUUCUGUCCAUCCCCUCAGCUUACCAUACUGCAAUGAAGGCCAGAAGUCUCUUAAAGAGGUGAAGGAAUACAAGCGAGACAUUCUUCUCCCUGCUACUGCUCAGUCUCCCAGUCAAACAUCAAUGGUGUCAUCCAUGUUGGAGCAACACAUGGCGGAUCUGAGUAGCACUCAGGAGUGGGAUACAGAGUGGAAAAGUCAGGGACUUCUGUACCGUCUUGCGCCACAGGAGUACCGCUCAAGGAAGCUGAAAAGAUUGCGCAAUCGUAUCAAGGAGCAGCUUCGUUCUGUUGCUAUGCAAUCUCCUGAAAGCAUCUACAGUGUUUGUCGACCCAGCUCCGAGCUCUCAGACCUCCUGCGGGCCUUCAGAGGGCCUGCCCCCUUUGACCUCAUCCUCACCAAGGGCACCCAUUUCACACACACUCAGAAGUUCACUUUUACAGAGGAAGCUACAGCUGUAAAAAGCCAGGUUCACAGUGGACGUCAUUCAGAGGGUGACACUCAGCUUCACCAACAGGAGGAGCUAGCGUUACUCCAGCAGCAGUUUCAGCAGCUCUGUAGUGAUAUUGACCAGAUAGCAGCAGACAUGAGGCACAGGAGUGUCACUUCUACUCAGGUGUUUGAUGAACUGAAGCAGAGGGAGCUUGAAAAUGCUAAAAAUCAGGAGGAUAUGCAGGUAAAAAAGACAACUCUAGAACUGUUGCCAGAUGCAGACAACAACUUGCAGAAGCUUCAGUCUCAGGUGGAAACUGGUGCAAGUCGGGUGGUAAAUCUGGCAUCUCAGUGGGAAAAACAUCGUGCUCCACUAAUUGAAGAACUACGCAGACUAAAACAAAUCUGCAGCAGCAAGGACCUGGAGUCUUCUACAAAACUUUCAGAGAUCAAGCAUCUACAUGAAAAAAUUUGCAUGGCCACAGAGGACGCAAAGAAGAAGGAAGAAUCAUAUAAGCAGCUGGUGACUGAACUAGAAAGCCUUCCUCGGGAUGUAUCUCGAUCAGCAUACACUCAAAGAAUUCUCGAGAUCGUUGGCAAUAUCAAUAAACAGAAGGAGGAUAUUACUAAGAUUCUUUCAGACACAAAAGAGCUCCAGAAAGAGAUCAACAACCUGACCGGUAAACUUGACAGGACGUUUGCCGUAACUGAUGAGCUGGUGUUUAAGGAUGCCAAGAAAGAUGAGUCUGUCCGCAAAUCCUACAAGUACCUCGCUGCCUUGCAGGAGAACUGUAAUCAGUUGAUCCAAACAAUUGAGGACACUGGCACAAUUCUUAGAGAGAUUCGAGAUCUGGAGGAACAGAUUGAGACAGAAAACUGUAAUAAAACAGUGACUAACCUGGAGAGGAUUCUGGAUGACUACAGGGCAAUCCGUCUGGAGAAUUCUGCACUAGCUGCCAAAGUGAAAGAGGGCUAAGAGAAGGCAGUGCUCGGC